UCAAUUCCCAGGAGACAUUCCCUCCGUUACCCUUUUAAGUGGAUGCUUGCAUUACCCUUUUAAGAGGCAGGAGGAAGAGCAUAUUGUAUUGUGGGGUCCUCCUGAGAAAGGUUCCUUCUCCAGGACUCUUUUACGGCCAAAGACACGUCGCAGGAAACUGACUUCCUAUCGUGCAGGAUUUCAGCUGCAGGGCUGAUGAUUAUACAAAGAGUGGUGCUGAAUUCACGCCCUGGCAGCUAUGGAGUGCCAGUUGCUGACAACUUCCGUACGGAGGAGGCCACGCUCCCGGAUAAAAUUGCUGAAGGCCAAGUCAGAGUUCGUACACUUUAUUUGUCUGUGGAUCCUUAUAUGCGAUGUCGCAUGAAUGAAGGAUCUGGUGUCGAGUACCUCCAGGCCUGGAAACUGUCUGAAGUUGCUGAUGGUGGAGGAAUUGGGUCUGUAGAGGAAAGUAAAGAUGUGAAUUUUGCUGUGGGAGACUUUGUAACUUCCUUCAACUGGCCCUGGCAGACAAAGGCCAUCCUAGAUGGGAAACAACUUGAAAAGAUUGAUCCCCAGCUUGUAGAUGGACAUCUUUCCUAUUUUCUGGGUGCAGCUGGCUUGACUGGGCUGACAUCUCUGCUUGGAAUAAGAGAGGCUGGACAUGUGUCCCCUGGUGCUAAUCAGACCAUGGUGGUCAGUGGGGCUGCUGGAGCUUGUGGCUCAAUAGCUGGGCAGAUAGGUUUCCUGGAGGGCUGUUCCAAAGUGGUUGGUAUUUGUGGCACAGAUGAAAAAUGCAACAUUUUGGUCUCAGAAAUGAAGUUCACUGCUGCUAUCAACUAUAAGAAAGAGAAUGUGGCACAGCGGCUGCGUGAACUUUGUCCAGCUGGAGUGGAUGUGUACUUUGACAAUGUUGGUGGAGACAUCAGUGAUGCAGUUAUCAGCCAAAAGACAAAGCAAAGGAAAAAUAUGAAAAGAAGAAGUGAAAGAGAAAACAGUUGCUCAUUGACUUGAAGAAUGAAGAGAAGCAGAAGCAAGUAAAGGAGAAAUUUGAAAAUAAUUUUUCCUUGUCUGUAAAAAAUCUUCACACCAGUGACUCCAACUGGCAGGGACAUGCUAGGAGUUGAUGUCUGAAAACGUAAUUUUUUCCUGAGCUCUGGAAAAUCCAUAGAUUACAGGAGCAAAAGAGACUGAGCGGAAACAAUCAAAGAGCACCUGCCAGAAAUGGAAAAUGGCACUCCUGGACUGAGUGUGCAAAUCAGAGAUGCAGUUUUUUUCCAGCUGGCCAGAAAGCACCCAUUUCUUAAGACUCCAAGAAAUUUCUUGCAGAUGUAUAGUUUCAUGUUCCGCCUUUCUCAGUUUCCUUGUUAAGACAAUGUACUUGUGCAGGAUCUUUCCUUGGGAGCAUAUGUGAGAUAAAAAGCUCUUCCUGUGAGAUCAGGGCUGUUGCACUACUAUUUCUGAUUAUCUCUUUUGGUUCUUUGAAUCAUACCAGUGACAAGCCACUAUGGAAACUAUGUGUCUACCAAAAGCAAAAAUUGAUUUAGUGGAGAGCUUCAGUUUCACUUCACCUUUUUAAAGUGCAGAAAAAUAGAAGCUAUUCUUGCAUCACCCCUGUGAAAUCUUACUGUCCAAGCAAAUGUUCUGUGACCUGACCACAAUUUUAUCAUAACUUUUUUCUGAGCUGGGACUCUUUUCUAAACAUUCUUUCUUACCUUCCAGACUCCCUUACCCAAUCUCUUGUGGCAACUGGUAGCUCCCAUUUCAGUGAAACAGUGAAUCUGCUCCAAUCUUUAAUCUAGAUGUUAAAGGGGCUAUCCAAGAUGCUGGAUUUGGGUGCAGGGGGUUGGCUCAGCAUCUAGGACAGGCAUGGGCAAACUUCA